AUGGGUACCUUUGAGGCUACUAAGCUCACUGCUCUCAGAUCAGAAGAACAACUGAGCCUACUCAAUGAAAUCGACACGCUUCGUCGUUCUGGCAUUAGUGAUCAUGUCUCCUUGCCACAGAUUGCCGUUUGUGGAGAUCAAUCUAGUGGAAAGAGCUCCUGCCUAGAAGCCAUUUCGGGGAUACCAUUUCCACGCAAAGAUACCUUGUGUACUCGCUUUGCUACUGAGCUUGUUCUUCGCAAAAGUUCUGUGGAGUCAGUCGUUAGGUCCCAGAAAGAGAGUCAAAGACUUGCCGGCUUUCAGUACACGCUUCAAUCUUUCGACAAGUUACCGGAAUUGAUAGAAUAUGCCAAGAUUACUCUCGGUCUUGACAAGCCUGGAAGCGGGUUCUCUUCAUACAUCCUUCGCAUCGAGAUCUCCGGCCCAACAAGACCUCACCUAACAGUCGUUGACUUACCUGGCUUGAUUCACGCCAAAAAUGAUGAUGAGAAUGACGAAAAUGUGGAGGAAGUGGUAUCUGAACUCGUUUACUCAUAUAUGCGCCGUCCAAGAACAAUCAUAUUGGCAGUUGUCUCUGCGCUGAACGAUCGGGCUCUUCAAGCAGUACUAAAGCAAGUCAAAGCAGUGGAUCCACACGGCAGGCGCACAAUUGGCUUAAUCACGAAGCCUGACACUCUAUUCGAGGACUCCGAGAGUGAGAAAGACUUCGUUAAGCUAGCUUUAAAUGAAGUAACGCAACUCAGACUUGGUUGGCACGUACUGAGGAACCGCGAUUUCAACACGAAACAUGUCACUUCUGUGGAGAGAGAUAGAAUAGAAGAAGAGUUUUUCUCUCAAGGAAUUUGGAAGACCUUGCCUCGAGGGAUUUUAGGAGUUGCACAGUUACGAGGGCGUCUAAGCAGAGUUCUCUUGGAUCAUAUCAAGUCAGGGCUACCAGCUCUUAUUCGCGAAAUUCAAAACAUCUUGCACGAGUCACAGCAAGCUCUUACAAAGCUCGGGGAUCGCCGCGGAAACGCUGAACAACAACGUUUAUAUCUUCUGAAGUAUAGCCAGCAAUUUACAAAUAUCUGCAGAGCCUCGUGUGACGGUAUAUACGAGGACAAUUUUUUUGGAGAUAUUGCUAGUGAAGGGUUCAAGACUCGCAGAUUCCGAGCUGUUGUUCAAAAUCUGAACCUCGCAUUUGCCGAAAUUGUGCGGCUAAACGGCCAACAUAUCAAUCUCCGGGGUAAUGGACUGGAAGGGAAAAGUGAUGAGGCUAUCUCAUGGGUUCGGGACAUGCUAAUCUCUUCGAGAGGAAGAGAAUUGCCAGGAACGUUCAGCCCGAUGCUGAUUGGAGAUCUAUUCAGAGUGCAAUCGAAGCCAUGGGAAAUCAUCUCCAAAAUCCACCUUCAGGAUAUCUGGACAAAAGCUCGUGGUCAUUUAGAGGAUAUACUGUCUUCUCUUAUGGAUUUGGAGGCAUACAUGGCGUUGCGUAUGCUUUACGUCGAUCCAUUAAUGGAAAAGCUGCUCAAGAAGGCCACUAAUGAAAUGGACAGGUUGUUCCAUGAUCGGCAUAGACAUGCCAUUACAUAUAAUCAUUACUUCACAGAAACCGUCCAGGAAAUUUCUGAUGCUCGUGACCAAAAAAGGCUCUUGGAAGCCUUGGAGAAAGUGUUUCCUUUGGACGACUACGCUCAGACUCGUACUGGACCGAAGGAUCUCUCGACCAUAUGCUCUAUGGUGUCGGGAUCAAUACCAGACAUGGAUACGCGUGCUAGCAUCGAACUCCUUGAUCAUUUGGAAGCCUUUUACAAGGUGGCAGUGAAGACUUUCGUGGACAAUGUAUCUGUCCAGAUUAUAGAAGCAUCCAUCGUGGACAGCCUUGCGGAUAUCUUCAGUCCACUUGCAGUAGCACAGAUGACCAGUGAACUCGUUUCCCAAAUUGCUGCCGAGUCACAGGAAAACCAAACCCAAAGAGAGCGGCUGGAAAAGAAGAUACAUAUUCUAGAGGAAGACCUAAAGAUCUGCAAAUGGCAUGCGAGUCGCUAUGCUUCGGAAGUUGCUCUUGGGGGCUCUCCGACCCCCGUAUUACAGAUACCAAAGUCUCAUGCGCCCUCUGUAGCUGGAUUAUACAUCUCGAAUGUUUCAAUUGUGAAGGCCGACGCCGGAUUUGAGGCAGCUGAUCAAGGAGAAACAAACAUUGUAGUGGAGGAGGCUCCUGCUCACACAUACUCGGCAAAAAAAGAUGAAGGAAUAGAUAAUAUUCCCGUGUGGAGAGUUAGGAGAGAAAAGAAAUCCAAGAGGGAGAAAUUUCGGACCGCCCCACGUGUUGCAAGUGAUGAUAGAGGAAGCUGGGGCUCUGCACCUCUGGAGGAGACACAAUUUUCAGACUAA